GCGAAAGCAGGCGCAAUUCGCUGAACUCGCAGUAAUUUCAAGGAUCCGCUGACGACAUGUUUGUCACAGAAACGGUCUGUUAUCUGUCAUUUUCCUGUUCCAGAAAAAUGAAUACGAAUUGUCGCCGAUCUCGUGCGCCUACAGUAUUAGCUUACAGCGUUAAUUAUCUGUACUAUAUAUUGACUUGAGCGACAUAUUGAAGAAUAGUACAAGUAUAUGGCAGCGCCUAAACAAAACUCAAGGCGGCGAAAGCUUCAAUUUCGUCAUGUACGAGUGAACGCUGAACAAAUGUAACGGGCCUCCGUGUUUGACCUAAAAUUAAAACAUUGUCCUUUCCAGCUUGCUGCUUGCGAUCGUUUAAAAUUCUGGCUAUGUAACGUUCGUGCCAAGUUUGCGUCCCCUAUGUAUUUUAAUUAAAACACCGAGUACCUAUUAGAGGUGUUGUCUUUGACGAACGCGAUUUCCUCGAACGGCAUGAAUUUGUUGUCUGUGUCGGGUAUGUAUUUUAGCAUUUGAGCUCGUUGAUAAGUAGCAAGAUGCAGUCUUUCACUCUAUACUUUACUAUACGUACAAUAACAUAGAUUUCCGGAAAUAAGUUGCAUUCGGCGAAACGAAAUAUAUAUAUGCUUAACAGAACGAACCACCCAUUCCCUCUCCCAGCCACCCGCACCCUAUGAAGUCUCCCUUCGCACUGGUCUGUUCCUCUCCGCUCAAACAUCAGUCGAGCAGCAGCAGCAGCAAUUAAGGCGUCGAGCAGUAGUAACAUACCACAGCUUUGCUCAGGCCUGAGCAUCGGCCCGGGGGUAGGUAACCACCGUAAGCUAGUGUACUCGGCUGCCAUUGGCCGGGCUAGGCCCCUCCCCAAAGGCGGAGUUGCUUCCCCCUAUCGGUCUACUCGGAGAGAGCAUCGAGACUCCACCGAGCUGUAAGCACGAGCUCCUGGUCUGCAGUUCGACGCGCGACUCCGUGUCGCACGCAUCUGACAGAGCCGCGCAGCAAGCAGCUGUUCUGUUCUUCAGCCAGUACACGGUGUCCAAGCUUCCUGUGUGUGUUCAUCGCGGAACUGCAUAGGAACUUGCAGUGGGUGUUGAUAAUACCGUUUGUGAGAGUUGGAGUUUUGCCACAUGCAGUGAGGUGCGCUGGACUACGAGUGCUGGUAGCAACGAGAUACUGCGGUGAUAGGCAUCCCCGGAGACUGUUGAGGAUCGAGGACCUGCAGCAAAGAGAUUAUUCGACUAUGGUUGUGCUGAGUCGAGUUGGGUCGCCGACGAUGUCAGCGACCGUGGCCGGAAACCAGCAGCAGCAGUACCCGCACCAGGAGUGGGACAUCAACGACUCGAACGUACCGAAGGUCGUGGAGUACGAGGCCUGGAGCGAGUGGGCGGACGGCCACGUGAGGAAGGUCUACCCCGCGGACUGCGAGGAGGCGCGCAGACACGCGUCCGGCUGGGCGAUGCGCAACACCAACAACCACAACGUCAGCAUACUCAAGAAGUCCUGCCUCGGCGUGCUCGAGUGCUCGCUCAAGUGCGUCUUGCCCGGCGGCGGCCGCGUCCACCUCCGGCCCGCCAUCUGCGACAAAGCGCGGAAGAAGCAGCAGGGCAAGCCCUGCCCGAACCGGCUCUGCACCGGCCGGCUGCAGAUCCACGCCUGCAGGGGCCACUGCGGCUACCCGGUCACGCACUUCUGGCGACACACCGAGCACGCGAUCUUCUUCCAGGCCAAGGGCAGCCACGACCACCCGCGACCCGAGGCCAAGUCCACGUCCGAGGCGCGCAGGAGCGUCGGCGCCGGCAGGCGCGUCCGGGGGCUCGCCGUCAUCCUAGCGCGCGAGGCCGCGCUCGGCUCAAAGCUCAUGACGCUCCGAGGUACCAAACGACCGGCCUCGGACCAGCUGGAGCUGCCGGCUCGGCCGGCCCCGGUGCCGCCGCUGAUCGGCGACAGGACCGGCUACUCCUGCUCCUGCUCUCCGUUCGAGUGCGUCUGCGGCAGCCUGCAGCGGAGCUACCGCGCGGCCCAGCCGUCCUACCAGGCGGCCCAGCACCAUCAGCAGCAGCACCAGCAGCACGAGCCGCUGUCGAACCCGGUGUACGACCCGCAGCACGCGCAGCAGAUGACCGGCAACGAGGCGCCGGCCUACUGGCCCCAGGAGCCCUCGAUCGAGCAGAGCAACCUCGGCUACCCCGGCCUGCCGCAGGAGGCGUCGGCCUAUCCCAGCGCGGAGUUCCCCGCCGGGUUCGGCGGCGACCUCUUCCAGCCGGAGGAGAUCUUCCAGCUGGACCAGCCGAUCAGGCCGGACUUCGGGCUCAACGGGAACCACGAGGUCGCGAGGUCGCCACCCAGUCUGCUGGACCUGGGCAGCGGCACCAUCAAGUACGAGAUGCCCGACAUACACGAGCAGACCUACUGGACCCAGCUGCUCAGCGAGGACUCGAGCAGCAGUCACGUCAGCGUCUCGCAGGCGCACGAGAGCGAGAAAGACGCCGGCCAAACGCAGACCUGCCCGCCCUACAGCUCGUACCAGGCUCAGCAGGGCAGCAACAGCUGGUCGACGAACCACGAGGACUACCCAGCCCCCCUGCCGGCCGCGGGCCACGUCGCAAGCUACGACGAGCCAAAGGAAAUGCGCAGCUCCCAGCUGCUCUCUAGUCACUCCCCGGUAGCCGAGGCUCCGAGCUUCCUCAACUACGAAGGCUACCACCAGAUGAUGCAGAGCCUCCCCCAGCCGCCGCGGACCGAGCCCUCGCCCAACCAGUCGCCCCAGCAGCAGCAGCAACAGCGGAUGCUCGACGAGAGACUCGGCUACCACAUGCACCAGCAGCAGACCAGCCCCGCGCCAUCCUUCUUCUACCAGGGCAACGACAGGUCCUCCUGCCACUACACCUGCGAGGUCCUGGACACGCGGCUGCAAGCCCAAGUCAACGCCGCUCCUCCCAUGAGCUACGCCGAGGUACCGGACAUGGAGGUACCACCGUUCGUCGACUACACCCUCGUGGGCAUGCUCUGCAGCUCCGCCGAAGAGGAACUGGCCCCCUGCCAACAACAGGCCAUGGUGCACAGCUACGUUCCCCACCACUAGACUUGAACUCAUAUCACGUAUUAUUUUAUAGUCACGACUGAAGGUUCUAGUUUCUCCCCCAGUGACUUGCUACCGUUGCUAGCUCGUUGUGUAGUUAUUCCUGUUGUACACAUAUACACACACACACACACAUAUAUAUAUAUAUAUAUAUAUAUAUACGUUGGUGGACUCGCACGUACUUAUGUAUCAUACCUUCGUCGCGAAAGGCUUGUAUACGAAGCAGCAAUCAAAAUACGACGUGUAGAACUGCUAGAUCGUUUCGCACACUGUACUAUAACGGAUAUUGAAUAUAAGGGAGGAUGGGGCGAAUUCGUAAAGUUAGGUGACGAAUUAACCGGAUGACAAAAAUGCUUAUGGAAGCUUUCGCAAGAAAAAUGCUGACCUGUUAUAUUUAAAUCCUGCGACAAAUUCCUAUUGCGAUUGGGCAAUUUUGUAUAUAGAUAAUAUAAAAAAACUUUUAAUUUCAGCGCUGAUAAACUAAGGUUUGGUUGCUAAGAUAAAAAGUUGUCCAAGUUUAAAGAAAAUCUCAGAGUCCUGGAAUUUUCGUAUUUUUUCGUAUUUUAAUAAAAGUAUUUGAAAUCUCAUGUAAUUGCACAAAUUACGAAUUUGCCUCCGCAAAACUUUACGAAUUUUAUAGUCCGAUAUUAGUUAAAAUUUAGAGAUUCAUCUUGAGCAAUCCUUUAUCAUUGUUGGUAGAACCGCAUUACAUAUACACAUCACUUACAGACAAACUUCCGAGUCACCCCGCAAAGUUACGAGACUUAUAAAUUCAAAUCGUUCAAUGUUUGAUUAAAGUUGCGGUCAUAAGAUUAUCAUCGCCUAUGUAAAAUGCGAAAUUGUCUCAUCCUCCCCUACAUUGUUAGCGUAGUCGCGUCACUCAAGAAUGUUUUAUAUGUGUAAAAGAAUGGCUAUUAUCUUUCCCUUGUUGUCUGCGGGCAAUAUAGGGAAAUUCCAAUUGUUUCUUCUACAUGCGUACUUGAAUCGUGCAUUUACUAUAUAAACUAAGGACUAUAAUUUCUUCCUGAAAUUGCAAUGUUGUCUAAGCGUUUAUAAAAUUUUUAUAUUAUAGGUGGACGUGUGAAAUUUGAAAAGAAAUAAAAACGGCGAGUAUAAAAAUUAUUACUGUUUUGCGAUGAAAAGACAGUAUCGAGUUUUUGAGUGUACAUACAUAGUAUUAUUAUCAGUUAAUUGUAACGAAAUUGUACAUAUAUACGAUCCACACACUGUUGAUUCGAAAAGAGGAAUGUCUGGUUCAAAUAAAAAUAAAA